GGGGGGGGUGUGCGGGUGAUGGGGGGACGCUAUUUAACCAGGACCAGUAUGAUGCUGUGUUUGGCUCUGUUUCUCUCGCUUUCUCUCUACGUUACAGCAGCUCCCGCCGCUUUGGAGGCUAAGAAUGAAGCAGAAACCUUUGUUAAAGUAGUUGACUUCGACAGCCUUCCGCUGAACUACCACGAUGAGGAGAACGAGGAAGAAUUGGUUGGAGACAAGAUCUUCCACAAAUACGAGAAAAUAGACAAGGAAACGGAUGACAUCACCGGAGAUACAAUCCUUUCAGAAAGGGAGGUCAUUGAAGAGGAUGAUGACAGCUUUCCUGAAAAAAGGGUAUGCUUGAUGGACACGGAUUGUGGAGAGAAUGAAUACUGUUCAUCCCUGACUACAUUAAAAUGCCAGCAAUGCAAACUAAUCAAUGCUGCGUGUUCCCGGGAAGCUGAGUGCUGCCCAGGAUAUCUGUGUGUGUGGGGAAAGUGCACAGAUGGCUUUUCCAGAGGCGAGAGGGGAACGAUUUGCACCAGACAGCGUGACUGCAAUUCAGGCCUGUGCUGUGCCAAUCACAUCUCUUUGCCAUUUGCUGUGUGCUCUCCAAUGGCAACAGAAGGGGAGAGAUGUUAUCAACCCGAUAGUGGUCUAUUGGGUUUGAUCGGCUGGGAACUGAAGUUCAAUGACCCUCAGGACUUCUGUCCCUGUGCUGGUGAACUGACCUGCGUCUCCACACGCCUUGACCUAGAUUCUGCAUGUGUGUACUCUGACGAGAUAAUCACUGGCAUCGAUUCCAUGGAGGAGAACAGAGUACCGCUCCUGCGGUCGGUGGUCCGCAGAGCUAACAACCUAGAUUAUUACCCGGAUAUACUACCAAGAGACGAAGAGCACGACCUAGCUGUUGAGAACAUCCCGCAGAUGGCUUACCUGUACGCAGAGAACCAAGAGGCCGACCGUGACCCGAGAAUAGAUGACGACAUUCGCGGAGUUGUAGACGAAGGGAAAAGCUUCAUCCUUGGCCUGAAUGAUGAGAAAGAGAAGAUGGAUCUCAGUCGAGCUGAGUACAAAGAGCUGAAACGGCUGGCAGACGAUAUUGGCCUUCACUUCAGACCAGAAUAUUUCUAAAUGACUUGUCUUUUCAAACAGGCUUAUAAAAAUAUGAUUUCAGGCGGCUAUCAGCCCUAGCGUACAUCACCAUCACAACUACUUCAGUCCUGAAGUUUGUUGAGCAUGAAGCUUUAGUGCAUUUCUGUUCAGGAGACAAGAUGCUUGCACGAGCUUUGUUUCUGAGGUGUUUUUUUUAAGCUGAGCAUCACUUGAUAGCAUCGUGCUAGAUUUGGAACAUAUUUAGGGGGAGAAACCUUUCAGGGGAUUCGGAGAUGGGGUGUGGGGGGGGGAUGCUUUCAAUGUGAAAUUCUGCCUCACUUUUAAGUAACUUUUAAGUAAGGAGUAUUUCAAAUUUAAGGUGAUUUUCCCCCAGUGGGCAAAUGAAUAAUUCAGAGGCACUUGUUGAACUCGUUCGUUUUCAAGAAGGCAAUCAAUCCAACGGUCUACGUACAAAAGUUUUAGAUAUUUAUUACUAAGUUUGCCUCACGUCAGUAAUCGCGACAAUCGACAGAGAAACAAGAAAAAAAAAGGCAUCACGGGUGGAAUUUAUUCUUAACGUGAGUCGCGGCUACCAAACCCGUUAAUUAAAUGCACAGCUUGACCAA